AUGUCGUCAACCCCAGGCUCAGGAUCGGUGGUGAUCCCACAAACCUCCGUGCUGGCAAAUUGGAAAUGCAUGCUAAUCGCAUGUGUUGUGUCGACGGCGAACAUGCAAUAUGGUUUCGAUAGUGCUGUUAUAGGCGGCCUACAAGCCAUGCCGGGAUUCUUGAAGGUGUUUGGCUUCGUUGAUCCUAAAAUCAAGAUUGGUUAUGGAAUUGAUCCUACAUUCCAACAACUCAUCACCUCUCUUUUGACACUCGGCGCCUUCCUCUCCUCUCUAGUCGCUGGCAUCUUUGCUGGAUACUUCGGCCGGAAGGCUGCCCUGUGGUGUGCAUGCGUUGUGAACUGCGCUGGUCUGGCAACCCAAAUCGCAACCACCAACAAAGGAGUUAUAUAUCUCGGACGCAUUCUCCUUGGACUUUCCAAUGGCUUUCUAGUCACAUUUUCUAAUAUCUAUACUUCGGAGGUUGCUCCAGCACACCUGAGAGGUGUUAUGGUUGCUUUCUUUACCUUCUGGGUCAACGUCGGGAGUCUCGUUGGAUCGGUGGUUAACUACUACUGUGCUAAGAUGAUGGAUAAGCGAUCUUAUGUUAUUCCAUUGGCGUUGCUCUAUAUUGUCCCAGUGGCUCUUGCAAUGGGGCUUUUAUUCGUCCCCGAAUCGCCGCGCUGGUUGUUGUACCAAGGGAAAGACAAGGAGGGCGUCAACCUCCGACGAACUAUUCUAUGUUACGCUUCCAUGGCAUCUCACGCCGCCUCGGGCACAUGGUUCGCCAUCUCCUACGGCACAUACUUCCUCCAAAUAGCAGGCGUAGACGAACCUUUUAAAUUUGCGAUCAUCACUGUCAUGAUGGGGAUCAUCGGUACAAUUGCAGGAAUGUUUGCCAUCCGCGAUUGGCUGGGCCGCCGAUUCAUAUUCAUCUGGUCCUCUGUUGCAGGUGCCCUUGCCAUGGCCAUCAUUGGAAUUGCAGGCAUCCUACAAACAAAAGAUAACUCCCACAAAGUCGGGAAAGCAUUGAUCGCCUCUGGGUGCAUCUUCUGCUUUUUCUAUAACUGCGGUAUUGGUCUUGUUAGCUAUCCAGUUGGUACUGAGAUCGUUAGUUCCCGUCUUCGUGCGUGGACUCUUGGUUCUGCUAUUUCGCUGGGGUAUUUCCUCGCGUGGCUAGUCGGAUUCUGCUCUCCGUAUUUCAUCAAUCCUAGUAAACUGAACUGGGGAGUGAAAUAUGGCUGGGUCUGGACCGUCUCAAACCUCAUCUGUGCCCUCUUCUUCUACCUUUUCUUACCAGAAACUAAGGGGCGCUCCCUCGAAGAAAUAGAUGAGUUGUUCGAGAAUCGGGUCUCGGUGAAAGACUUUCCCAAGUAUCAUACGAAGAUCCAAGAGGAGGCUGCGCGUGACGUACAGAGUAUGCGGAGGAACGGCUCUAGCAAGGAGCCGGUUGUCACGCAUGUUGAGAAGACGGAGAAGGGAGAUGACAUGGCAUAG